AUACGUACCCAACAAACCGCAGCUUUAGGUAUAGUGUGUAAUGAAAAUUAUAGUUCAAUAGUUUUUAUUGUAGGUUCAUGGAGGUACUUUCAAUGCUCAGUUUCCUCGUUCGUGCCUACAACCAAACCUGGAUCUUACUCGUCUCUGUAUUCCAUUGUGUGACAUCCAGAAAGAUAAUUCCUUUGCAGUGGGGUAAUAAAUAUAUAACUUACUCAACUGGCACUUUUAUUAAUACAAACCAUAAAUACUCUAAUUAACCCACUCUUUCCUCUCUCUUUCUUUUUCUCCUCUAUAAAUGAGCCUUCUUCCCCCCCCCUUCACAACAAAAAUACAUAUACUCAGUCUGAUUAGAGCAUUUUAUGCUCAUGCAGCCAGAUUGCAUAAUUUUUUCACUUCAUUUAACAAUUAUUCGCCGAAGGCUUUGGUGAUUAUCGGUGAAAAUAAAAAAUACAAAUUUCUUCGUCAUUUAAUUGACAAAAUGGCUUCGGCCGCCAUUUCGAAAAUCGCUUAGCUGAUUAUCGCGUUUUAGUAUUUUUGUACAAGUGAUUAUAACAAAUUCUACAACCUGAUCGGUCAAAUUUGACGUAAUCACCUACUGGUGAAUAUAACAAAACUGAAAUUUUCAAAAUGGCGGCUAGCCAUUUUGUGGAAGUUUACUGAUAAAGAAAUAAGAGAAAUUAAAAUAAAUUCAGUACCAAAUAACACAAAAGACUUGUGUAAAAAUACUAAAACAAUUAUUCGCCUCAGGCUCGGUGAUUAUCGGGGAAUAUUCACCUCGACUUCCCCGAUAAUCACCUCGCUUUCGGCGAAUAAUUGUUAAUCACGGCAACCAAUCAGCGUGAAGAAUUUUCAAUAAUCACCUAUAUAAUUAUACUGAUAGUAAUACAUAUUAUCCGACACUAACGCAACUAUAGGAUUUAUUUCUCAGUUAUAAGCAAUCUUGAAGCAAGAAAUUUAAAGGGCCUUCGUUGCUUUUGGGGCCCCUAUUAAGCUGAGGUCCCAGGGCAAAGUGCCCCCUGCCUAAAAUAAAUUAGCUAAAGACGUAAAGUCCCAUAUCUCAUAGUAAUGGAUAUUUAUGUCUUGUAAAUCUAGUUUAUACUGCACAUCAUUUGUUUUUAAUCAGUUAUCCACAAUUGAAUUUCCAGCUAACGUUAUUUUUUCAUUCACUCAGACAUGUAUUGCUUGGUUUCACCAAAUGUGGGGAAUAUUUAAUGUCUUACUACAAAGAAUUGCAAGAUGAUGUUUCAUUUGGCUUACCAAUGUAUAAAUAUACAUUACAUUGGUGGAAGUUUAAUCUGAGGAGACCAUUACAGCAGGUACAAAAAUAGACAAUAACUCCUGAUUGACUGGCAGAGUAUAAUGUGAAUAUUUCCUUUUCAUCGUAGGUUUGUCAUAUAUCGUUAUUUGUUGGUGAAGUCAUUACUGAAGAUCUUUUAUUAAUUGUCUGUCAUACAUUGAACGACAAUAGGAUUCUUGUCCAUGGUUAUGCGUAAGUUGUAAACUUUUUAACAUAUUGUUAUAGUUUUCAAAUAUGUUUAUUCGUGCAAUGGUAAGAAUAUUUUCACGAGGUUGAAGAUGGAAUGUUCCAUUCAAUGAGGCGACUGGAACAUUCCAUCUUUCACCGAAUGAAAUAUUCUUACCAUUGCACGAAUAAACAUUCAUUAUUUGUUUUAUAUAAUACCAAAAUAGACUAAUAGAUUCGUAUGAGAAGCAUUUUGACGGAUGCGAUUUAUCGAAAACACAAAGAGUGCAAUGGAAUAAAACGUAUAGUACAAUUGCACUCGCAAAGAGUGCAAUGGAACGUAUUCCAUUGCACUCUUGGGAAAUGGAAUUUUCUAUUCAAUAUCACGUGACCAUAAACAGCCAAUUAAACGAUCAUAAUUCAAUAAGGUAUUAUAUAGUAUCAGAUAGACAGUUGUGGAUUGAUAGGGAUACAACUAUACUUGAAAAAUACAAGAAGAACUUCGACGUUUCGAGCGAAUGCCCUUCGUUGGGAAGUUAGUAGCGUGGUCGGAAAAAUUGCAUGAGCUUUUAAAUACCAUGAUGCUUGUGAUGUUUCUCUUAGUGUAUAUCCACACCGGGCAAGCUUUAAGAAUAUGCCUGGCCACGGUGGGAAUCGAACCUACGACCUUUGGAAUACUAGUUAAAACGAUCACGAUAUUAAAGCGAUCACAUGACAAAAAUAAACAAAUCAGAUGUAUUUAGUCAAAACAAAGUGUAAGUGAGUGCCCGGCACUAGUGCCCAAUGUUCAAACUGGUUUCCAAAACAUGUUGAGCACAGUGCCGUUGUUGAGUACUACAUCUAGAAGUAGUGCCCUUUCUUGGGCACUGUGCCCAAUUUCAUUUGGAAGCAUCGUGUUCAAACUAGGCGCCAAAAAACAAGUGACGGGCACCAGUGCCAGGCACCAGGCAGGCACCCAGUCUGAACGCAGCCUAAGUAUACCGAAACAAACAACAUACAGAAACACAUAAAUUGCACUCCCUGACCCACAACAAAAAAGGAAAAAUCUGUACAGCAAGCAGGAAACUACACAUUGCAACUACAUAACAAAAGAACAAAGAGUUAAACACGUGCAAACCAAGGGAACUAACUCACCCAGAAUAGCCCGAGGUAUGCCCGGGUGCGGGCGCGGCAGGCAGUUUCAACGAAAAAACGCCAAACAGGACAAGACAAAGGAUGCCAAACGUCAACCGCACCUAACCAUACAGACAAACAGCUUAGGUAAUGACAUGACGACAGCUAAAAUAGUUAAGUAUUAGGUAUCAAUGACUGGACAACUCUAGCUAGACAGACACUCGUAGCAAAGCAUAUAGCAUGAUACAUUACUCUGUGACAACGGAUACAAAUGGCCCCUUUUCACAACACCAACCACACAGGCACUUCUGGUUGGCCGCAACCAGGCAACGUAUUACUACUGCAGUCUCUGCUCGUAACUCAGCUGCUGAACAAGCAAUGCAUACCCGCCCCCGUUGGUUUACUGCGACUAAUAUCUCUGGCAAUUGAUAUAAGCCAAGGAAUGUCCCCCCCCCCCCUAGUUUAACAAAACCGACAGCUGGGGCAAUGUACCGCUACACCACGUAAAAGGCCGGGACCUAGCCGUAAAGCAGGGGAUGGAUGAAAUUGGGAGGGCGGGUGUAGGGGGUCAAAAAUAUCGCGUUGACUCCACGAAGGGUUGCAGGCAAUGAACUCCAAGUGAGUACGCUGUAGCAUAACAAACCUCGGUAAGCCUGCAUAAUUACAUAAUAUGAAUAUGUAAUAGACAUCCACAGGCUCGUGCUUAAUGUUAACUAUUUUUAUUUCAUAAAAUCAUAUAAUGUAUGUUUAGAUAUCCAAGCAGAGAUGAACAAUGCAGGCAAUGUUACGUCACGAUAUGUCCCUCUCCCCCCGGAACGUCUACAACAUCACUUGACGAUACAUGGGUUGUUCACAUGAAGUAUAAUCUCCUGCCACCUUUCCCUCUCUUCAUACCACCCAUACAGCUGAAACUGAAAGAUACUGUUAUCUUAAAUACUGUUGAUUCUAUACUUGCUAUCACUGUUUCUCCUUGCGCGGAACAUAAAACAACUAAACCUAAUUCCAGGAAUCAAACUUGUGGAGAAAAUUGCAGAUCAAAUUUCGAAAAAGCGAAAACGUAUUGUGUGAACGAUUUAGUAACUGAUUCAAAAGUUGAUAUAUUGAAGAACUGUUCAGAAAAAAUUCCUGUUUCAGUCACGGACGUCGAUUGUAAGUUGUCGAAUGUUUCUGGGGAGGAGACUUCGAUAUGUAUUCAAGAAACUAUAAAGGCUGAUGACAUACCAAGCAUAGAUAGAAUGGUACCAAAUGAAGUGGAAAUUCCGAAUAAAGACGCUCUACACAAGACAGACAUUAGUCCAAGUUUGUCGUGUACUGAAUGUAGUACCUGCUGUCAAUCAAACAAUCUAUCAUUAAACUGUGACCAUUUGAUUAUGUCGAACUUAGUUAAUAACAACCAAGAAAUUGACAACGACACUCAGAGCAUUGGAUACAAUGGUGUUAAUAGCAACAAGUCAGUCAAAGAUGAAGAAUGUUCGAACACGAUUUCCAAGUCUUCCCACCUUUCGUCUUUUAGUUUUAAGACAUUUUCUAUUGAUACAGACUCAGAAAUGAUCGAAAAUACCUCGACUAGCACUGUCAUUGAUGGUACUUCAUAUCUUGAUAUACAAAUUACCACAGUUGCAGAUACUCCGUACAAGUUAUUGGAAUGCUUACAAGACAAUGUUGAAAUGCAAGAUCAUACAACUCCCUGUAUUCAUACAAGAGUCGUAUCACUUGAUGUCGAAAGGUAUAUAUAUAUAAUAAUCUUUAAUGAGGAAAGCUUUGUCACAUAUGACGUGAUUUUCACAAAGGUCCUACACAUAGGGAACAUUAUAUAUACAAAUAAUCAUGCAAUUAUAAAAAUCUAAAACUAGUUAAAAGUCAAAAGUCUAAAACUGUAAGUCACGAUGUUCUAAGCAGGCUUUAGGUUAAAAGUUUAGAAAAAAAGAUUUCUCUUAAAGGUGUAUCAUUGAAGCGUUGAAUACUUCAGAGGAACUGAAAGGAAAGUAUUGGGUUCUUAGGAAUUACAGUACUCUGCUGGUGGAUGUAUGCGAAAGCAGCCAAUGUGUGAUCAUGCAUAUUGUCAUUUUAAUAUCAGUACAAGAUUAUUAUGAGAAUGCCACAAAGUAAGUUGCUUUAAAUAAGUUUUAAAUAUUUCACUUAUGUCAUAAAAAUGGUUCAUAAUCAGCCUCGAACCCGGGCGCUUUGUUGUGCUACCACACCAAAGCGCAUGGGUACGAGCCUGACUCAUACAUGUAAUCAUGUAAAAGUUGAGGUAUCGGCAGUGCUGUAUAUGGAAAGGUAGUCUGAAGCCGGUGGUAGCGAGUUCAUUUGGGAGGGCAAUGUACGGUACAUAUUGAUCACGUAUGAGCGCAUUCGAGGGGCUUCGGUGGCGAAGUGGUUAGAGCACUUGCCUUUCACCUCUUAGGUCCCGAGUUCGAUUCCUAGUGAGGAACUUUCUCACUGUGAUUCGAACCCAGUCCUCAUGUGAAAAGAGAAAAAGUCAACGCUCUGCCGAAGGUCGUGGGUUUUCUCCGGGUACUCCGGUUUCCUCCCCAGGGAAAGUUGACAGGGUGGGUUAAACACAUAGGUCAGGGGGCAGAUCAUUAAUGAGGCCUCGGUCUGCUUCACGUCAGUUUCGGUUCUAUCUAUUCACAAUGUAACCAGUCACUGAAAAACCCUGACAGGGAGUGUGCUGUGCAAUAUCUGUAAUUGAUGAGUUUUCAAGUUUAAUGGCAAUUGUUUUUGCUUUCACUGUACGAAAAAUAUGAAAAUUUAGGCAGGAAUAAAAAAUCUUACAGUCAUGCACGUAGGAAAUAUUUCCGGUACGUCCUUAGAAAAUAUGGUAUGCACACCGGCGUGCCAUCGAACCUUUGUUCAUCAUGCAUGUAAGGCCAAGCCUUCUCAGUACCAUGUUAAAAUUAACUUCACUAAUCAUAUUUCAUUAUUUUUAACAGACGGGAAAUUUCUUCCGUUUCUCUUCUUCUUACAUGGAGUAUUGCUACGGGCGAAGUUCACACGUUAAAUAUUUCACCAUUCACCAAGACAAUGGCAAAAAAUGAUAAACAGAUAUUUAAGGAAGGGUGUAAGAUUGUUGCGGAUCUUCAGAGAAAAUACUUCGUACCUGGUGGGUUAUCUGCUGUACAGGCCUUUUCUAAUCAUAAUGUAUUCACCGGGAAAACGUUGGGAUUUAUUAAACACCCUUUUCAGCCAAUAGCAAUUGUAUUGUAAGCAUACAAUUGUGUAUAACUUGUAUUUGAAAAUCGUUGUCAAACUGCAAGGACGUGUUGUACGAUACUCAUUUAGCAUGGGCCAUAAUCACAGAAUGAAGACCAAACAGAAAGCCAUGUUCCUAGCCAGUGCGCUUAUACAGUAGACCUCUCAUUCACACGAUACGACUAGUCGUAUACGAUUGUCAUCCUGUCAUAUGAAAACGACUGCCGACGUCACUGUUCCUGUUCAUGAGUUUAUAGCGAAAUUUGAAAUGUGACAUAUUUAUACGUUUCUAUUCGAGUACAUACGCCAAGAUGAGAAUCGUAUGCGACUAGUCGUAUCGUGUAGAUGGGCCUUAUGAGAGGCAUUCACCCCCCUGAACGUCCGCCAUUUUGAAUAUUUUCAGUGAAUGGGGUGAAUGCUUCUCAUAAGCGCACUGCCUAGGACUGCAUUGCCACUGUUACGCCAAAAUCGUCGGCAAAACCAAGAAGUUGGCCUUCUGUAAGGUUCUCUAUUCUGUGACUACAUUCAGUCACGUUGGAGAUGCGCGUUUGCAGGAAAAAGAUCUCUUCCCCUGUGUCAUUUGACUUUAAAUAUUAGGGAGAAUUUCUUUUAUAUUUUAUACUGCGAUAUAAACUACGAUGUAAACCUUAGGUGGAUAAGUCGUUCGGCAUGUAAGAAUUAAAGCGCGGUAAGUACAAUGGCUACUCAUUCCAACUUACUAUUGGAAAUGAGAAAUAUGAUUUUUGCAUGCAAUGAGCUCAUUUGCGUAUAGGGAGAAAACGUUUCUUUUUUCAUCUAUUUUUAAUAACUUGUUGGCUUUUGUUCGCCUUACUUUUUGCUUUCCGUGCAGUUACUCCUACUUAGGGACCGGUCAUUAUUUAUGGCAGGGGUGGGGGCCGAAGAGAAAGUAUAAUGAAGCCGGAAAAAAUCAUUACCCCACCUUUUUCGAAACAAAAUUUUUAGCUACCCCACCGGUGGAAUGCCAGAAAAUUUUUUUACCCCACCCAAACCUAUUUUGUUGCAAUGUCAAAGGUUCAGACAUAAAAUAUGUAAUGAAACAGUUUAGUAUUUUGUAUGCGUAUUACUCAUCAAG